AAAAAAAAUACUCAAAGUUCCUAAGGUCAUCGUCGCUGUGUUGCCAACAAGAUUUGGGCUUAAGAUAUUUCAAGCAUUUCUUCACUGCAGCGCAAUCGUUCACUGCCGAAGCAAUCUACCGGAUUCUUCGUAAUAUCAAGAACACAUAACAAGACCUGUUAUUUGAACGUACCUGGCCUGGAACGUCAACUACAGAAAUUGGAUUCCGACCCUGUGAGGGGCCUUCAAGAUGUCGUCGCGUUUGCUAUCGAUGAAGUUCAUGCAGAGGGGCAUAGCAAACUCCUCCACAACAUCAUCACCCACAACCCCACACGCUGAAGACACAGCACGCGCGAGCAAGCGACGCAAGUCCGAGGGACCAUUGUCUCCAGCUCUCAACCGCGGACAGGCUUCGGGCGACGCGAAGCUCGACGAAAAGGCUGUUCAGGCGGCGAUUGCGGACGAGGAGAGGAAAAGACAGGCAGCUAUUGCAAAACAGGCUGCCGAGUCGGGUGACACUCAUUGGGUCCUCGAUUUCCCAGCCGCGUCUCCUGCAUCGACGGCCAGGAAGACGAAAGCUCCGUUGAUGGUGGUUCAGGUCGGAUUUGCCCAGAUCGAUACGGCAGACAAGGGAGACGACGAAGUAUACGCCGGUCCGUCACCUGGGGGAGCACAUAUACGACGCUUUAAUAUGAAACCAAAAAAGUCGACACAAGACACGAAGAUGGAAUCCGAACAGGACGUGGACGUGGAAUCGGGGUCUGGGAGCGAGGAUUCUGACGACUCCGAAUCUGACAAUUCAUCCACACCAUAUACCGCCGGCGGUAACAAUACGCGCGGGCGGCAGUCCUCAAGUCAAGACAGCAAACGAAAACGUGGCAGGUCGGAAACAUCAGCAAGAAGGAACUCUGAGAGGACUAAAGCUCUGGAGUUCUCUGCGAAGCGCAGGAAAAAGAACGUGAAGCUGAACAUGCCCUUGUCCAUCUCAUCUGCUAACCCUCCCGCUCCCAGCCCAUCGUCUAAGCGAAGGUCAUCAGGCAAGGGUGGGCGUUGAGAUGCUGAGUAUUUUACUUUCCGGGACUUUACACACUGCUUCGCACCGGAAGUACCCGCAGGGUCUCGUCAGUUUCUGUGCGAGGACAUAGUCCCCACUACAUCGGUCAGAUCCCGGCCCCAUUUUACACAGCCCUUGGUCAUGUCGACCGAAUCCGGAUAUGAAGGCUUUACUGCCUACCGUCUAACCAGGCCACUUGCAAAUUUUCAGCCAUGACAAUCCUGAUACUGACAGCAGCCAAGCGACUUUAGGACUGGGCGAGGGUGAUUAAACCCCGCUUCUAGUACAUUGUCUUUCAUGCAGCUGCCCCUGACGUUCGCCCAAAGACAAUGGGGAUAAAUGAAGCGAUGAUGAUCUAUCGCAAUUUGUUUCAAUCACUUGCUUCUGCAUGACGGCAGAAUUGUGCCGUGAAUCUACAGUUGAACAUCAUUUCGGGUAAAGAGGAGAACAUGAGGCCAGGGGAAACCCCCGUUAUUACGGCACUGCGCUCCUGCAGGAACGAGUUGCCGAUGCUACAGCUACAAGGGCCAAAUCUCAGUUACGUUACUUGAGGUUUUUGAGAUUGACGGCGCAAGCGGGCCGUCGCAGGUUAAAAAAAGUACAGGCACGAUAGAUCGUUUCAAGGACAAAUGAGAUAGACCUAGACCUAGUGAACAUUGCCAGGAUAUCAGCAUUAUUGUUGAGUCAUCAUGCAAGUCAAAGUGGGCCAUUUUACGAAUUCAAUUCAUGAAACCCGGAUACCUCUGCAAAUGGUCACUAUAUAAUUAAGUGGUUUCCUAGUCGACACUGACGUUCGCCCAAAG